AUGGGGGCACAAAUUGAUUUACCAAAGGGUUUUGUACCCUACUGUUUUGGUAUUCACGGUCAAAUCUAUCAUUGGAUCGGUCCACUUCAUCCUGAACCUGAUCAACAGGCUCAAUUUGGGCAAAUUUACAUACUGGAUUCAUCAUUAGCAUUAGAAGAACGAAUGGGACGUGUUGCUAAUGAACGCUGUGAUGAAAUAAUAAUGAGCAAACUUGGUGACAUAAUGAACAGAAUUAGUCCUUAUACAGCUGCCUAUAAAAUGAUGUAUGAUGCAGAACAAGAAGAAGUGGAUCGAGCGAAAAGAGAAAAACGAACACCAUCUCCAAUUCGAAUGAUUUUCGACACGGAUCAUGCUAUUCAAGAUCGACGACGGUACAAUAUUCCCUGAAGGAAUGAAGUGGCAGCGAUUUUCGUAGGUGAAGAUGGUGAAGUACCAACAUAUCGACAUAUUGCUAUUCAUCCACGUGGUCAAAAUCUUCACUCAAUUUUCUAUUUUAAAGGCUCAAUGUGAUCCAAUGGCUUAUCCUCUACUAUUUCCUCUUGGAGAUGAAGAAUCGCAUCCGGAAUUGAAAAGAAUCGACCAGUGAGGAUCACGAAAGAGAAUAUCAAUGCUUCAAUUUUACAGCUAUCGAUUAGCUAUUCGUUCAAUCUUCAGUGUUAUCCAUAAUGCUGGAAAAUUGUUUAAACAAUAUAUUGUCGAUGCCUACGUCAAAACUGAAAAAAAUCGACUUGCAUUCCACCGACAAAAUCAAAAGGUUCUUUGAUUAGAAUUAUAUUAAGCUUUAAUUGACCAUCUGAUGAAUGAAACAAACAUACAAGGUUUAAAACCUGGUCGAGUCAUCAUUCUUCCAUGAAGUUUUCAAGGAAAUCCUCGAGCAAUGCAACAGAAUUAUCAAGAUACUAUGGCUAUGGUAAGAAAAUAUGGCAAACCCGAUCUAUUCAUCACAUUUACCUGCAAUCCAACAUGUAGAGAAAUCGACGAACAACUUUUACCUGAUCAAACUCCUUCAGAUAGACUUGAUUUAAUUCUAGAGUCUUAAACUUAAACUCGAUGAGUUUAUCGAUGAUAUGUUCAAAAACCAUACAUUGGGACGAACAAUACCCAAUGCGUUUGUAAUUGAAUUUCAGCAGCAUGGCUUGCCACAUUGCCACAUGCUGAUGAUUUUGGUCAACGAAGAUAAACCAAAAGAUGAAAACUUUAUCAACUGCAUCGUAUCCAGUGAAAUCAUAUGAUAUGUUUUCACAAUGUUCGCGGAAACUGUGGAUGAGGGUCUCAGGUGAGGGUGGCGAAAGUGAGUCUGGUAUAUCCCCUAUAACUCAUAUGUUUCCUAUACCUCCUUAUAUCUCCUAAUGCCACCUAUACCUCCUAUACCUCCUUAUAUCUCCUAAUGCCUCCUAUACCUCCUAUACAUCCUUAUAUCUCCUAAUGCCUCCUAUACCUCCUUAUAUCUCCU